UCGUGCGCCAAUCCAGCCCAUCCCAUCCCAGCCCAGCCACGGCGUCCCCUGCGACUCUAGUUCGCGCCGUGGGCUCUGCCGCCGCCGCCGCCCUCCGAGGACCCGCCGCUCGCCGUCUGCGCCAACGCGCUUCUCCCUCCGGAACCGCGCCAACUACAAGCCCCACCUAAUCGCCCCCCAACUGAAGUCGCGCCCCCUCCCCGACGCCAACCUUCAUCUGUGAAGCGCCGGCGGCGGCCUCCACCGCCACCACCAGGUAAUCUGGUUGGUGAAGUGCAGGAUUUACUGCUGUACAAGUGCAAAUUCUUGUUGGGGAUGGCAAAGGAAGCUGAGAAAGAUAAACAAAUUGCUGAGGAGGAGGAGGAGGAGGAAGAAGAAGAAGAGUAUGUCUUGCUAGAGUUAGAUGAUGUUCAUUAUUCCUGCAUACAACCAAAUGCCCCUUAUAUACUCUCUGGUUUGGAUACAUUGACUCCUACCUUGGUAGUAGGUGAUGGCCUGAAGAUGAUUGGAGAAUACGAAGAAACGGUUGGCACAUGCUAUUUAUUUUCAGAAAGUGAUGCUCCACCAAAACCUGUUCAUGGAGAGCCGGCACCUCCCAAGGAAAACAAGGACAAGCAAGGCAGAAACAUCAAGGAAGCACCGCCCAAGGAGGUGAAACAUCUGACGAGCGUUCACAAGAUCCUCAAAUUCCGGUUGACCAGUGAGGGUCGUCAGGAGCACAGAGCAUACCGAUACAGGGACAAGGAGUUUUGACUCUUCUAAUGCACACAGCAAGCGAUCCUUUGACCCUUGGAAUGCGAGGAUAGUACUCCUUAAUCUUAAUUAGCCACUAGCAUUCUCUAUCCCGAGGUAACCAGCGGUUGCAAUGCAUGAUUCCGGUGACUCUUAUCCUCUCUCUAUGAAGUAUGCACUGUUAAUCUUGUGAAAUUCUGCAACAAUGGAGUUCCCGGUCUGUAUGUAAACUAAUGCAGCUCUGCCUAAAACUUGGUAAAACA